AUGAGUAAUUUUACCCAAUUUAUUGACAAAGAAACCGAUAGUUUCUACGGUGUGGAUUUAUCGUAUAAUAAUAAUGUUAUAAAAUGCAUUUUGUUCGAUAUGCAACAUGUCUGGAUAGAGGAAAUAAAUAAGGAGGAAAUGUUACAGCGUCAAAAGUUGCUGAACUCGAGCAUCAAUUAUAAUGAAGAGCUCAUCAAAAGCACCCUGCUCUCGGGAGGUGCUACGAUUGAUAAGUUAACAAAAGAACCAGACGCAGUGCAACUCGUGGUAAAGUAUUACGUGAAGGAGUACCCUGUUCUUUUCCAUUUUAAUUUGAAGUUAGGUACACCAGAGCAGCUUUCCUCGUGCAUUAUAAUGCCGUUGUGGCGCACUGCUCUGUUAUUGAGCGCUAAGAAUAAAGCGUUGAGAGAAGAACUGGAAUUGAAGGAUAUUGAGAUUGCCCAAUACUGUACCGAAGGGGCUAUAUUGAAAAGAACCUCCAUUAGAACGGCUAAGUUCGAUGCGAAAAAAUUCGAUGAAGAAUUUCCUAUGCAAAUCAACAAUCAAAAUGUGAAUGUUCAGCAUCUGCUCGAUAAUCAGGAAAUGCGCACUAUGACUAUGAAGGCCGUGGGCAUUCCCAUAAUCCCAAGGCCAAAACCUGGACCCAAGAACCGCAACUCCAAACCCAAUAACUCGGCUGUAGCAAGCCCUGCUAAACCGAAAAGCCCAGUAUGGAUCGGAAAACGCAAAAUGGUUUUGAAUUUGAAACGUCUUCAGAAAGGCGUCGAUUACGAUGUUGAUGAAAGCGAGUAGUAACGGCUUGUACUUUAAAAACGUUCCAGAAAAGCAUCGAUCCAAUGGAUACGAUCAUUCCUUCUGCCUUAACGCAGCGCUUACCAAGCGUGUUGCUUGAUUUCCAGUUUCGUUUAUAGUAUUAACAUUGUUCAAACUAACACAUAUAUUGAUACUACCCUUUCAACAAACAUGUUCGCGCCAGGACGUAAUCGUCC